CAACAAUAAGUAUCAUUCACUCGAUUUACUCGUUCUUUGAGGUUUGUCUUUAUGUAGUGUGGUUGCGUCCCUUUUGUUUGCCACAUAAAGAACAUGAGUGUUUGAUCCAAAGAGUAAAGUAAGUAUGUGUUUGAUCAAACAAACCACGAAGUGAAUUUAAGACAGAUUUAGCUUUAAGAUGUGAUUUCCGAACGUGUGUCACUUAUCAGUGACAUGACAGGGAAUCGUUCGGAGGCUAGCCAAAUAUAAUCAAUCCCACUUAAUUAAUUGUUUUUUAUCGUUUAAAAUCAAUACUAAACUUUUUCCAUACCCAAUUGUUUAUUUUCAACUAAAUUGGAAAGUCAAAAGUCAAAGUUGGAAGGUAGCUCUGAUGGUACGAAGUCUAAUACUUUCACCUUCUUUGCCUGUAGGCAGGUAUUUGAACGUAUCUUACUUUUAUAAAUAAAACAAAAUCAAAAGUUGCAAGUUUAUUUGGAUCUGUAUUAAUUAUUAAAAUAUUUAUGUUUUAACUGUAAAUAAUGUAAAGCUAACUUAAACUGGAAGAAAAAUACAUAUUUUCUGUUCAUACGUAGGUGUAAUUUAGGAAUACAGUGAUGCAGUUGGAAGACAUUAAAUAUGAAUAUAAACUAGACAAGACGCAGUGCCACACAUGCCUAACUUUUGGUCGAAAGCUUACCUCACUGGGUGAACAUGUAGAUAUAUUCAGAAAAAUAGCCCCGCAGAUUGAAUUCUGGAUGAACUGCAACAUGGAAUCAGUACAAAUUUGCUGGGAGUGCAGCGGAGCCCUGUCCAAGAUGGCUGCCUUCCAGAAGCAAGUGCUCAGAGCUACUGAAAUGCUGGAAAUGGGGCAGGCAUUUGGAACCUUGUCAAAUCUAACCACAGUCAUAUUUAAUGACAUAAGUCCUAACACAAUCUACGUCACACAAAUAAAUGAAUCAACGCACACAGAUAAAAAAUCUGAAAGAGAUGACAUAGUCUGUGACACUGGUCAUGUUUCAGAUUCCACAGACAACAUAGAAUUGGUGAAAACAGAAGAUGUAGAGGUUAAAAAAACUUUAAAAGUAAAAAAUAAUAAGUGGACAUUGAAAAGGGCAUUGUUGAAUAAAAAGCCUAAAUUUAAAGUAAUUGACAAUAAUAAAAUAUUUAAAAAAGUCCGAUUGAGUUUAGAAGAACUGAAAAGUUGUUUAGAGAAGGAAAGACAUAGUGAAUUUUACACGUCAUGUAAAUUUAAAUGUGAAAGCUGUGUCCUUGGUUUUAAGGAUGAAAAUGGCUUGGCUAGGCAUGUUGAAAAGCAUCAUAGUGAGACUAUAGGGCCAUACACCUGCGAUAUAUGCAACACGCGAGCACUCAAUAAAAGUUGCCUAGAAUCGCACAUAUCUAAACACUACUACGCGCACGAGUGCUCGCUGUGUGCGUUCGCAAGCUGCCACAGAACGCACCGGCGCGUUCAUGCUCGCACACAUAAGGUCGUGCUGCAGUGUGUCAAAUGCGAGUUAAAGUUUGGGUCUCGUCGAGAGUUCUUCCAGCAUUACAAGAAGUGGCACGAGAGGUUCGUCUGCGACCACUGCGGCGUCAGCUUCAAGAUGCGGUACUGCAUCAAGGACCAUAUCAGGAAGCAACAUUCCCCCUUUGAAUGCAAACUCUGUGACAAGAAAUUUUCCCGAUACAAUGGCUUAUGGUUACACAAUAAGGUAUGCCACACGGAAUCAUCUCAAGGCGCAUACUGCGUAGAGUGCGACCGGCGCUACGCGGACGUCUACCGCUACCGCUGGCACCUCAGCAACAGCGCGCGCCACCGGCCUAGGGCUAGAUUACGGAUCCCAUGUCCCGGGUGCGACAAGGUGUUCACGAAGAAGAUAUACAUGAAGGACCACUACGACCUCGUGCAUCUCAAGAAGUACAAGUACCGCUGCGAGCAAUGCGAUAAGAAUUUCCUCCGCAACGCAGACCUGGUGCAGCACAGGAAGCGAGUGCACGAGGGCAUCUUGCCCCCCAAGAACAAGAUAUGCUACAUGUGCGGACGCGGGUUCACAACGAACAAGAUCCUGACGAACCAUAUGCGCACACACACGGGCGAGCGGCCGUUCGCGUGCGCGCGCUGCCCCGCCGCCUUCGCGCAGCGCGCCGCGCUCCAGCAACAUGCCCGCGCGAGGCAUUCGACAUGACACGUCAGUUAUGCGAUUUCUCACGCAGGGAACAAGCGUCAGCUGUGCCGCGCUCGAGCAACAUGCCCGCGCGAGGCAUUCGACAUGACACGUCACAGUUAUGCGAUGUCUCACGCAGGGAGCAAUUGUCAGCUGUGCCGCGCUCGAGCAACAUGCCCGCGCGAGGCAUUCUACAUGAAACGUCACCGAUGUCUCACGCAGGGAACAAGCGUCAGCUGUGCCGCGCUCAAGCAACAUGCCCGCGCGAGGCAUUCGACAUGACACGUCACAGUUAUGCGAUGUCUCACGCAGGGAGCAAUUGUCAGCUGUGCCGCGCUCGAGCAACAUGCCCGCGCGAGGCAUUCUACAUGAAACGUCACCGAUGUCUCACGCAGGGAACAAGCGUCAGCUGUGCCGCGCUCAAGCAACAUGCCCGCGCGAGGCAUUCGACAUGUCACGUCACAGUUAUGCGAUGUCUCACGCAGGGAACAAGCGUUAGCUGUGCCGCGCUCAAGCAACAUGCCCGCGCGAGGCAUUCGACAUGUCACGUCACAGUUAUGCGAUGUCUCACGCAGGGAACAAGCGUUAGCUGUGCCGCGCUCAAGCAACAUGCCCGCGCGAGGCAUUCGACAUGUCACGUCACAGUUAUGCGAUGUCUCACGCAGGGAACAAGCGUUAGCUGUGCCGCGCUCAAGCAACAUGCCCGCGCGAGGCAGACUCCGACGGGAUUUAGACUUCUUACGAACGUACUUUAUAAUAACACGAUAAUACAAUGGAGAGAACUUCAAUGCGCGGGUCGUUGGCGAAAUAACGCUAGAGUUACCUGGAAAUGGUUUUAUAAAUAAAAUAAUUUGUAAAUGAA